AUGCAUAUCCCGAGGAGCAGAAAUGCAUCAGCUCGGAAUUUUUCUACGAAUUUUGAAUUAUCAACUCGAGCCUUGACUGAAUCUGUCGGUUUCAAAGCUGAAAGGCUCGAAAUUUUAUCUAUAGAUCCCUCAUCUAAAUGGUUUAUCGUGUGGUUCGCAGUGUCAUGCUAUUUCCCAGUAGUGACAGCAUGUUUAGGACCGCUUUCCAAUAUGAUAUCCGUGGCAUGUGCAGUAGAUCAUUGGAGAAUUGAUCCACAUACCGGACACCAGGUUUCUGACCCUCCAGGAAUUAGAGUUCUCAACAUUAUUUCCCUAGUGAGUGGUGUUAUAGCAAAUUUCGUGCUCCUUUUAAACUUCACUGGAAAGCUAGCAUACGUGAAAGCGCAGAUAAUUUGCAUAUCAGGUUGGAUUAUAGCUCAAUUAACCUUAACGAUUGCUUUGCUCAUCUCCACGCUCAUUUACUUUGAAGAUGGCUAUCAAAGAUCUAUAGGGUAUUGGUAUGCCGUGAUAACGGCUUGCUUGUACUUGUUAUGCUUGAUACUUCAAUCGAUACAUGUAUCCGGAUAUUACAAAAAAAAAUAUCCCGCCACUUUCAAUCUCUUGGACAAUGAACGGUUGCUCAUGAAAUUUACUUUUGUGUUUGCUAUAUGGUUUUUAUGGGGUGCUGCCAUGUUCUCUCAAUUGCUCGGUCAAACUUAUGGUGCAAGUUUGUAUUUCUGUGUCGUCUCAGUGUUGACCAUUGGACUAGGUGACAUAUUUCCAGAUAACACAGCCUCAGAAGUAAUGAUCUUAAUAUAUUCAUUGGUUGGGUUAAUUGUUCUUGGUUUGAUUGUUGUGAUGAUUAGUGGCACCAUGAAAAGUUCAUCAGGGCCAAUAUUCUUCUUCUAUAGCGUAGAAAUUCAAAGAGAAAAAGUCUAUCAAAAAUACUUAGCAAACCCAGCUUUGGAAUUUACAGACCAUGAUGCUUACGAGACUAUUCAGUCGAUUAGAAAACGCUCCAAAAUGUUGCAGCGGCGAAAUUCAAUUAUUCUGACAAUUACACUUUUCGCUUUAUUCCUCAUGUUAGGAGCCUUAGUCCUAUAUUUCUCCGAAUCAUGGACCUAUUUCGAGGCAUUUUACUUCUGUCUCUUGUCGGUUCUAACUAUUGGAUACGGUGUGCCCUCUCCAGUAUCUGGAUGUGGGAGAGCAUUUUAUGUGAUUUGGUGUUUAGGCGCUGUACCUCUAAUGACGGUUUUAAUAUCAACUGUUGGUGACUGGAUAUAUGAGAUAUCAAAAUCAAUUGAUAACAAUAUUCUAGAGUAUUUCCACCUUGGAAAUCUAUAUAGAAUGGCAAAAUAUUGUGUUGGUAAAGUACGAGAACAGUUUGUUGUCAAGACUUCCUCGAUGGCUACCGUUGACCAAACUGCAGAAUCUGAAACAUUACCUGAUGAACAGGAAUUUGAAAAUUAUGAACAGAGAGUUAUUAGUGACAACAUCUGUUCUUUAUCGAGCUCAAAACUAAGGAGACGAGGUAGCAAGACCUUGCUCCUCAAAUGUAAAUCACUGCCAUCUCUUGUAACCAGUGUACGUAAGGAAACAAGGUUCUCGAAGAUAGCAGAAAUCAAAGAAUUGCUUGAUGAUUUGGAAGACAUCGAUCAAUUAUCACAUCAAGAUCAAGCAUACGAAUUUACGUACACAGAAUGGGUACAAUACUUGCGUUUGGAAAGUAAACCAUCGCAACCGAACCAGCAUUUGUUUUGGAUCUCAGAAGAUUCCCCAUUAAGGUAUCCUCUCAGACAGCCUUUGUAUUUAUCUUACAAAAUUAUUGAAAUGAUAAACGCAACAUUAGAUUCCCUUUUAGCAGAAAUCGAAAUUGAUGAGUUGAUGAACACUCCUGAAGUUGAAUGA